CGCUACUUCCGUCCGCGGACGCGUCGGCGCGGGCGGCGCGCACGGCAUGGCGGCGGCGCGCGCCUAAGGAGAGGGGACGCCAGUCUGGUCAGGCCUCGGCGCGGCCUACACGCUCCGCUGACCCGCUCCCGCCCCGCGUCUCGCCAUGGCCGAGCCCUCGCCCGCCCGCCGUCCGGUGCCGCUUAUCGAGUCGGAGCUCUACUUCCUCAUCGCCCGCUACCUCUCGGCCGGCCCGUGCCGCCGAGCGGCGCAGGUGCUGGUGCAGGAGCUGGAGCAGUACCAGCUGUUGCCGAAGAGGCUGGACUGGGAGGGCAACGAGCACAGUAGGAGCUACGAGGAAUUGGUCUUGUCCAAUAAGCAUGUGGCUCCUGAUCACCUGUUGCAAAUCUGCCAGCGCAUCGGUCCUAUGUUGGAUAAAGAAAUUCCACCCAGUAUUUCAAGAGUCACUUCUUUGCUUGGUGCAGGAAGGCAGUCUUUGCUACGUACAGCAAAAGACUGCAGGCACACAGUGUGGAAGGGCUCUGCCUUUGCCGCUCUUCACAGAGGAAGACCUCCUGAAAUGCCAGUGAAUUAUGGUUCCCCACCAAAUCUCGUGGAGAUACAUCGAGGAAAACAACUCACAGGGUGUUCCACUUUUAGCACAGCAUUUCCAGGAACUAUGUAUCAGCAUAUAAAAAUGCACAGAAGGAUUCUGGGACAUCUGUCUGCUGUUUACUGUGUAGCGUUUGAUAGGACAGGACAUAGAAUCUUUACAGGUUCAGAUGAUUGUUUGGUGAAGAUUUGGUCAACAUAUAAUGGCCGCCUCUUGUCCACGUUAAGGGGUCAUUCUGCAGAAAUUUCAGACAUGGCAGUAAACUACGAGAACACGAUGAUUGCUGCAGGGAGCUGUGAUAAGAUCAUCCGGGUGUGGUGCUUGAGGACGUGCGCCCCAGUUGCUGUGCUGCAAGGACACACGGGAUCGAUCACGUCUUUACAGUUUAGCCCGAUGGCCAAAGGCCCUCAAAGAUACAUGGUUUCCACUGGUGCUGAUGGGACCGUAUGCUUUUGGCAGUGGGAUUUAGAAUCCCUGAAAUUCAGUCCACGCCCCUUGAAGUUCACGGAAAAGCCUCGGCCAGGCGUUCAAAUGCUGUGCUCUUCUUUUAGUGUUGGUGGUAUGUUCCUAGCUACGGGUAGUACUGAUCAUGUAAUCCGAAUGUAUUUUUUGGGUUUUGAAGCACCCGAAAAAAUUGCAGAACUUGAGAGCCACACUGACAAAGUUGAUAGUAUCCAGUUUUGUAACAAUGGUGACCGGUUCCUCAGUGGUAGCAGAGAUGGAACAGCACGAAUUUGGAGAUUUGAGCAGUUAGAAUGGAGAAGCAUUUUAUUGGAUAUGACUACCAGAAUCUCAGGAGACUUGUCUUCAGAAGAGGAAAGGUUUAUGAAACCCAAAGUUACGAUGAUAGCUUGGAAUCAAAAUGAUAGCAUUGUCGUCACUGCUGUAAAUGAUCAUGUCCUCAAAGUAUGGAGUUCUUACACUGGACAACUGCUUCAUAAUUUACUGGGACAUGCUGAUGAAGUGUUUGUUUUGGAGACACAUCCCUUUGAUUCCAGAAUUAUGCUAUCUGCAGGACAUGAUGGAAGCAUUUUUAUAUGGGACAUUACAAAAGGCACUAAGAUGAAACAUUAUUUUAAUAUGAUCGAAGGACAAGGACAUGGAGCUGUGUUUGACUGUAAGUUUUCACAGGAUGGACAGCAUUUUGCCUGUACAGAUUCUCAUGGGCACCUUCUGAUAUUUGGUUUUGGAUGCAGCAAACCAUACGAAAAGAUUCCAGAUCAGAUGUUUUUUCAUACUGACUAUCGACCACUGAUUAGAGACUCCAAUAACUAUGUCUUAGAUGAACAGACCCAACAGGCACCUCAUCUUAUGCCACCACCGUUCUUGGUAGAUGUCGAUGGAAAUCCUCAUCCAACUAAGUAUCAGAGAUUAGUGCCAGGUCGAGAAAAUUCUGCAGAUGAGCAUUUGGUCCCACAGCUGGGCUAUGUUGCCACAAGUGACGGAGAGGUAAUUGAGCAGAUUAUAAGCCUACAGACCAAUGACAGUGGAGAAGGAAGUCCAGAGUCCAACAUUCUAGAUGGGAUGAUUCGACAGCUGCAGCUGCAGCAAGACCAGAGCAUGGGAGCAGGUCAGGACGCCACUCCAAGUGGGCUUUCAAACGGGGAAGAGACACCUCGGAGGCGGGGUUUUAGAAGACUGAGUUUAGACAUUCAGUCUCCUCCCAACAUUGGUCUGCGUCGCAGCGGGCAGGUUGAAGGUGUUCGUCAAAUGCAUCAAAAUGCUCCACGGAGUCAGAUUGCUACAGAACGUGACCUGCAGGCUUGGAAAAGAAGAGUGGUUGUACCAGAGGUGCCACUAGGCAUAUUUAGGAAGUUGGAAGACUUUCGAAUAGAGAGGGGUGAAGAGGAGAGAAAUCUUUAUAUAAUCGGAAGGAAAAAGACUUUUCAGCUCUCACAAAAGUCAAAUUCGGUGGUUUUGGUGUCACAGUCUAGACAACGGACGUGUAGACGUAAAUAUCCAAAUUACAGGAGAAGAAAUACUGGCCGGUGUGAAUUAUCUUCUGGAGAUGAAUCGUCAGGUUCUGUAAGACACGAGACAUCCUGUGAUCAGAGUGAAGGCUCUUGUUCUUCAGAGGAUGAUGAAUGGAAAAGUGAUAGAAAAAGUGAAAGUUACAGCGAAAGUUCAAGUGACUCUUCCUCUCGGUACUCUGAUUGGACAGCUGACACAGGAAUCAACUUGCAGCCUCCUUUACGAAUGUCAUACCGUCGACGAGUAACACGCUUCUGUAGUAGUUCAGAGGAUGAAAUGUCUACUGAGAACUUGUCUCCUCCAAAGAGAAGAUGGAAAAGAAGGAAAGAAAGUCAGCCUAAAAAGGAGAAUUUGCGAAGGAUAACUCCUGUGGAGCUUGCAGAUGUGGAGCAGUUAUAUGAAUUUCAUCCUCCUGUUUGGAUAACUGACACUACACUUCGAAAGUCUCCCUUUGUUCCUCAGAUGGGUGAUGAGGUAAUCUAUUUUCGUCAGGGCCAUGAAGCUUACAUUGAAGCUGUUAGAAGAAAUAACAUUUAUGAACUGAACCCUCACAAGGAGCCAUGGAGAAAAAUGGAUCUUAGGGAUCAAGAAUUGGUCAAAAUAGUUGGAAUACGGUAUGAGGUUGGGCCACCUACACUCUGCUGCCUUAAACUGGCAUUUAUAGACCCGGCAACUGGAAGACUUACAGAUAGAUCUUUCUCCAUUAGAUACCACGACAUGCCAGAUGUUAUCGACUUUCUUGUGUUGCGUCAGUUUUACGAUGAAGCAAGACAGAGAAAUUGGCAGCCUUGUGACAGAUUUCGAUCUAUUAUUGAUGAUGCCUGGUGGUUUGGAACGGUGUUAAAUCAAGAGCCUUACCAGCCACAGUAUCCUGACAGCCAUUUCCAGUGCUACAUUGUUAGGUGGGACAAUACUGAAAUUGAAAAACUAAGCCCAUGGGACAUGGAGCCAAUUCCAGACAAUGAAAUGGGAUUUAUAGUUGAUCCACCAGAAGAAUUGGGAGCAAGUAUUUCUGUCACAUCAGAUGAGCUAGAGAAGUUGCUUUACAAACCGCAAGAUGGUGAAUGGGGCCAGAAAUCAAGGGAUGAAGAAUGUGACCGCAUUGUCAGUGGCAUAGAUCAGCUUUUAAAUCUCGAUAUGGCAGCAGCCUUUGCAGGCCCUGUGGAUCUGUGCACCUAUCCAAAGUACUGUACUGUUGUGGCUUACCCAACUGAUCUGUACACAAUUCGAAUGAGGCUUGUUAAUCGAUUUUACAGGAGAUUAUCUGCAUUAAUUUGGGAAGUUCGGUAUAUAGAACACAAUGCAAGAACAUUUAAUGAACCUGAAAGUGUAAUUGCAAGAUCAGCAAAAAAAAUAACUGACCAGCUUCUCAAGUUUAUUAAGAAUCAAGAUUGUAUAAACAUCUCAGAAUUGUCUAACACAUCAGAAAAUGAUGAGCGAAAUGCUGAUGAUUUGGAUGAUAGUGAUCUUCCCAAAACAUCUUCUGGGAGAAAGAGAGUCCAUGAUUGGAAAAAAAGGAGCAGCAAAGCUACCAGCUGUGUUGAAAGCAACUGGAAGAGACAGUGUAAGGAACUAGUGAACUUAAUUUUUCAGUGUGAAGAUUCUGAGCCAUUUAGACAACCUGUUGAUUUGGUUGAAUAUCCAGAUUACAGAGACAUUAUAGACACGCCAAUGGAUUUUGGAACAGUAAGAGAAACUCUAGAAGCUGGUAAUUAUGACAGCCCUUUGGAAUUUUGCAAAGACAUCCGAUUGAUAUUCAGCAAUGCAAAAGCAUAUACACCCAACAAAAGAUCAAAGAUUUACAGUAUGACUUUGAGAUUGUCUGCUUUAUUUGAAGAAAAAAUGAAGAAAAUCUCCUCUGAUUUUAAAAUUGGUCAAAAAUUCAAGGAAAAACUUCGACGAAGCCAAAGAUUCAAGCAGCGGCAAAAUUGUGAUGGUGGUGGGCAAGCUAAGAAAUGUAUAAGAAACAUCAAGCAGAAGCAGCUAAAAUCUCAGAUGAAAGCAGUACCAGAGGUGGUAUGUUCUCCUCCCCAGUCUACCUCAAGUAGGGCACCUUUUUCUGCAACCCACAAGAUGAGUGUUGGCGUCCCUUCAUGUUUUACCUCUGGAGACUCUUCAGAUUCAGGAUCAUUAGAAAGAACGAGAAGAAGCAGAACUAUAACUCUAAGAAGUGGUUCUGUGCUAUCUGAAAGUGACAUGGAAGAUUCCAUAGCUACCUCUGCAGCCUCUUCAGCUUCAGACAGUUCAGAGGAAAGCAGUGAGAGCUGCAGAGCACCUGACUCCUUUCAGAGUGGUCUGUUCUGUAACAGCGGUCUCAGGGUGACCAGAACUAGAGCUGCUCAGCGGAAAACUGGUUCUGUUUCUUUAGAAAAUGGAUAUGGCAGAAAAGCCACUCGAAAGAGAGUCUGCUUAAGCGAUUCUGAUAACAAUUCAUUGGAAGCAGAUGGUAGUGUGAAAGCCAAAGCAGCAAGUAACCGGAAAGCCCUACGGAAGUGUGCUGCUGUGGCUGCCAGUAAGAUCAAGUUAAUGAGUGACGCAGAAGAACAGUCAAGCUCUGACAGUGCGUGUUCUGGUCGGAAGCUGCCUCAUCGCAAUGCCUCAGCUGUAGCUAGGAAAAAGCUACUACACAAUUCUGAAGAGGAUGAUCAGAGCCUCAAGUCAGAGAUCGAAGAAGGAAAAGACCAGAUCCAACCACUGUCACUGUCCAGUUCUCUUGCUGUGGUGCAGCAUACCCUCAGUGGCUCUGAAAACAGAGAUUCAGAGUCAGAAAGUGACUUGCGAGUUGCCCGUAAAAAUUGGCAUGCUAAUGGUUGUAAGUCCCAUACUACAGCAGCUUGUAAAACAAAGUUUCUUAAAAUUGACUCUUCUGCGGAAGACUCUGAAAGUCAUGAUUCAGACACUAGACAGAACACACCUGCUGGCCCCUCCGCAUCUGCACAGAGAGCUAAGGCAGAGAGCUCAUCAGAGGAAGAGGACUCAGAGCCACAAGACAAUACAUUUCGCAAGAAUGCAAAUUUCUUUAAGAAAGCAAAGAUCUUGAGUGAUUCAGAGGACUCUGAAGAGCCAGAUAGAGAGGAUGGGAGCUGUCACAAAGGGGAAGGAAGCCCAGGCUCAGGAAGCUUGAAGUGUGAGCCUGUUGCUGUUCCUCAUUGCUUGACAGAUCAUGUAUCUGAAACUGACUUGGAUUCAGAUGAUGUCAUAACAGAAGAAAAAAUGCACUUCAUGAAAGAUUCUACAUCUCAAGAGAGCGGACAAAGCAGAAAGGCUUCCAGGAAGAGGGUGUGUCCCAGUGACUCAGAAAGUGGCUCACAGGGGGUUAAGUCAUCACAGGACAGGAUCACACAGAGCAGUUCAGGCAUGGCUGCCAGGAAAGUCAAGCUCAGGAGCAAUGCAGAAGAUGUCAGUACAGAGAGUGUCUGCACACGAAGCAGAGGUGGAAGGAGAAAGCCCCUCCGCUCUUGUACCACAGCUAAGAAGAUGCUGACUGAAGGUGGGAAGCACACAGACCAUGAAAUGCCAAAUGAUGAGCCUGCCGGUGAAGGUCAGCUUCUUGGGCCCGAGUCACAAGGCAUUAGUCAGCCUGCAGACGGAGACUCAGGUUCUGAGGGCGUGUCCCAUUUAGGGCACAAGGACAGCCGCAUCAGUAGUCACAGCGUAAAUGCACUUUCUAAAACCAGGAGCUCCUCUGUUGGGUCUUCACAAGAAGAUUCCAAAAGCCAUGGUUUAGGGAGUGAGAUUAGUAGCUUUUCUUCUGAGUCAAUUUUGGCACAAAAUGCUACGGUUGAGAAUAGCUUUGAAGAGGAAUUGAAUUACGGACUGCGUAGGUGGAAUGGCAGAAGGCUCAGGACAUAUGGAAAAGCUCCUUUCAGUAAGACGACACAGGUGAUUCCUGAUCUCCAGACGGCAGAGGUGGAAGUUAAAAGGAAAAGACUGCAUCCUGAGUUGGAAAAUGUGAAAAUGCCUGAGACCAGUGGGGGUUCAAGGUGUGGACCUGACACCAGUCCCAAAUCCUCAGACUUGGGGUCAGUAACUGAGUCAGAUGUUGACUGUUCUGAUAACACAAAAAUCAAGAGGAGGAAAACCAAAGGAAAAGCGAAAGUAGUUAGAAAAGGUAAAACUUUUACAACUAACAUAUCUAAAACGGUGAGGCAUCAAAGACAAAGUAAGCGUCCUAGGUUGGAUGUGUGCGAUGACGACUGGGAGGACUUGGACUAUGCAAAAUCUAAGAGAGUUGUUCGGCGCUCAAAAAUCAAAACGAGAAAUCAGGGUAGAAGGACUGUGAGGUACCAUGAUGGGGACGAAGAGCGCGGCAUAGAGAGUGUGUUAGAGCUUAGUGACCGUACCUCGUGACCCCAAGGGAGCCAGUGUGUCUGAAUAGCAGGUGGACUGCGGUUCAUCAGAAGGCUGGCUGAUAAAAUUAUUUUUUCGUCUUAUAAAUUCAGGGAAUAGAUUUAUAUUUUUCUAUGAAAAGUUAUGAAUGUGAGUAAAUCAUGACUGUUAUUUUUAUUUGCACUUGCUGGUUUUUGAAGCAGCAUUCAGCACAGGUGCCAAAAUAUGCUUCAUUUUGGGGGCAGAUCUACUUUGACAGUAUUUAACAACACAUAGCAAGCUUGAGACUCAAACACUAGGAAUCUUGGUUACCCAAACCAAUGAGCAUUACUUUUAUAGUAGCAAGUUGUUUCUUCAGUUUGUCCAGAGGUCGUGGUUCCUAAACCUUCUUGUAGAGAAGAGUAAUUCACAUGACCUGUGUUUACAAACUAUUCAUAAAUAUUAUGUGCAUUCUGACAUGGUAAUCAUGGGAAGUCAACCAUGAUUAGUAGGCAAGGUACCUACCACUUUUUUUUAAAUCCCUUUCCCUGGAGACUUGAGUGGAAUACAUUAUGCCAUGUUUGGUCAUUUUUAUUGGUUUUUUUUUUUUUUUUUUUUUUUUUUUCAGAUUCUGUUGGGUCUUAUUCUUUUAAGGAAAACCUGAUCACUUUUAUUUUAUAAACUUGAAUAUAUAAAGUGCUGGUAAAUUAUUUUCAGUGUUUUGAGUGCAUAUUUUAAAAACUCUAAGUCGAGUGUAUAGUCCUAGUAUUUUCAUUGAGAUUGCACAGCAACAAAAUGUUAUAUAGUCUGCCCUUUGCCCAAGAUCUACUUUUCAUGAGGAUUUACCAAAUCUUGCUCAUCCAUAAUCUUACUCUGAAGUAGAGAAGUGUGCCUUAGAUUUAGGGAAGUGUUUAGUAGCGUGUACAGGGCUAAAAGAGUAUUUAAAUUACCUCUAGAUAGCCUUCUGUAUUAAAAUGAGAGCUGAGUUGUUCUAGGACUGCAGUAGCAAUCUUACCUAUAUAGGAAGACAGUUCAGUGUCACACUCCAUCUCUCUGAGCUUACUGCUGCCAGGUGCAAUCCUAAGCAUCCUCUGCUGGGACAGCUUAGUGUACUUUACUAGUUAUGUCUAACAGAAGAAACCGUUGUGUACGAUGGGAAAAUGAUUUCAAAAUCCAUUUGAAGUGGAAUGCAUGUCACCCCAGGUACCAUAUUGCACUUGUUUUCGAGCCAGAAACCUUUCCUUGACGAUUUUAUUUUAUGCCAAACUGUGUAGCUGGAUGUUCCCAGCAUCUUAUCCCUGAAAUGGUUUACAUGAUAAAAGGGUGUGUUGCAGGCUUCACACUUUUGAGUUCCUUUUGGCCUUAGCUGUAUUUGGUUUCAGACACAAGCAGCCCUUUUCUGCUGUUUCCUUGAGGUGGCAGAUGAAGAAAAGCAUCUGACUCAUAAUGUUAGCGUUCCUGAGUUUUCUGCCUUGUUUUUAAAGAGCCGCCUGUGUCAUUUGCCAUGCAUGAUAGGAGUGCUCUAUCUUUCUGUUCUAAUGCAGGGGUAGGAUGAUUGUGGACAGUCCCAGCUGUGGUUUGUGGGGCACCUAUGUUGUUUGGUUUGAAGAACUCUCACCACACAGUGGAAGUUACGGUAGUCUUACUUGGAGCUCUUGAUAAAUGUGUGGUAGACAGAUUGGCUCAGGACAGUUGUCUUUGACUACUGAUCUGAAGUUCAUCAGAUACCUGUUAAGUUUCUGAUUUUCAGAAUUGGUGAUAGUUGUCAGGCUAUUUAUUUCAAUCCUUUCAGGGUUAUAGCUCCAUGUUUUCCAUUGUCUGCAAAAAGGUACCAAAAAUCCAUAAAUUCAUACAAAGCAUACUCAUAAGUACAUAAAUUCUUUUAGUAAGGUACUAUUUUGACAAUUUGGAUUUCAUCGGUAGAACUAUUCUCAUUUUUGGACUGAAGUAACUAGUCAUCAAUUGACUAGAAGUUAUUUUUUGUUCAAAAUGGUUUUAGACCCUUGUGUAGAAGCAGGAUUUUGGUUUAUCAGGUUAGGUUUCUUCAGAAAAGAGCAAGAAUGGGCCUGGUCACCUUAGCAGUGUGAUUGACAAUGGUGGUUUCUCAAUUUGUGAAGUAAAACUAAGGGCUUAUAAGAAAGUUUUUUUGUGUGUGUUUUGUUUUUUUCUUAUGGUGCUAUUUCUAACAUUAACUUUGAACAUAUGACAUACUCCCUAAGUACCUUUAAGGAUAAUUAAUAGUUAAAAUGUUUACAUUGAGCACUAGGUGUUUUGACUUUUUUUCUAUUUUAUGCGAAAUGCGCAGGGAUUUAAUGCACAGAUGUACUUUAAUGUUUAGGAUCAGUUGGUAGGAUCAGUCAGGGUUUUUUUUUUUGUUUGUAACUUUUUUUUUUUAAGAAAAAGUAAAUGUGAACUGGUCCAGAAAUAAGUGCUGCAGCUUCCCAUUGCACUUGACGUAUGAAAACGUGACUCCAUGGCCCCUCUAGUUUUGUAUGUCCAAAGUUCUAUGAUUUUAUUCCUUUAUUUUUUUUAAAGGUUAUGCAAUGUUCAGGUUUGAUUUUUUUCCCUUCUUUUGAAAGAUUAAUAUUACCAAGCAUAUUAAGAAAAAAAACUCAAACAUUUAAAAUGAAUUUUUUCCUAUAUCUUAUUUUCAAAAGGUGUGUUGACAUUGUGUAGUAAUUUAUGAAUAAAAAGAAAAUUUAUCCCAUGUUCAGGUAAUUCCUAGGGUGGUCUUUUUUUAUUUUUUUGGAGUAGAAACCUUCCAACCAAACCCUCUGUUGUUAGUAGAGCCCUUGGGAAGAGAGAUAAGGCAGUCAGGGCCAACUUGUAAGUUACAGCCCAGAGGUUUCUUCUGCAGGCCAGUUACCAAGAGAGGAGAGGAAGUUGGUUCUGAGUGAGACAUGUUUGCUAAAAAGGCACUUCGUGAACUGGAAGUACAAAUGCAAAAGGAGGUUAUAAAAUGGGUCCAUAAAAUACCACCGGCGGGGAUCACUGUCCCUAGGUUAAGAUGUGUUCCUGUGUGCUUGCACUUGUGGGCAAGGUUUUAGGUACAGUCCUUAGUUAAGAAGGCACUGCACACACGACACUCAGUCCCUCUUCUGGGCCUCUUAUUUUUUUAAACUCAUUGUGCUGUAUUAAAAACUAAAUCGGAUCUUAAUCUUCUGUCAGUACAACUUGAAUUUAAUUGUGUCAAUUGAAGCAAAACCUAAGAGGAUUGUAAAUCAGAAGAAUGCAAAAACCAUUAAAGAUGCCCGUGGUGUUUUGUUUUCCUCUCCA